AUGGCUAAUUUCAUGAAAAUCUUAUUAUUCUCAUCACUCUUUGCGCUUUUGGCUCUAUUGCCAUAUUCAACAGCAAGUAGUAAUGGCGAGCCUGAUAUCAACGGGAAGACGUUUGACUACGUCAUAGUUGGCGGUGGUUUGACCGGUUUGACCGUAGCUAAUCGUCUGAGCGAGGACCCCGGCCGUACUGUACUUGUGAUCGAGAACGGGUAUAAAGUAGAUGACGUGACGACUCAAGUUCCCACUUUUGCGAACAGUAUCAAUUCGAAUCUGAUGUACGAUAUAAAAUCCGCGAACGAUGCCAACACUGGUGGUUCGCAUCCAGUCUUCGUAGGGAAUGUGGUCGGUGGCGGCAGUAUAGUAAAUGGCAUGGCUUUCGCCCGCGCAAGCAAAGCCGACUAUGAUGCCUGGGAGCAACUCGGCAAUAAUGGGUGGAACUGGGACAGUCUUCUUUACUAUUUCAAGAAGUCGACAACCUUCACACCACCACAAGCCUCCAACGUCGAGAACUUUGGCACUACGUACGACGCUUCAUAUUAUGGCAGGAAUGGCCCUGUCCAAGUUUCGUUUCCAAACUUUGAGUAUCCGGAUGUGAAGCAUAUUUGGAAAGCCUUUAAGUCUGAAGGAAUCCGGCUACCCAAGGAGCAUGCCGCAGGUGCUGCCAUCGGCGCAUGCUGGACUCCCACUGCUUUGCAGUCCAAGACACAGACUCGCUCACAUGCUCGAAAUGCGUACUACGAUCCUGUAAAGAGUCGGAAUAACCUUGUGCUUGUCACUGGAAAGACUGUCAAUGAAAUCCUAUUCAAGCAAGGACGGUUCACAGGCUAUACAGCCAACGGUGUUCAAUACAAAACUCGCGACAAUGGAUCUCUUGAACGUGUCUUUGCGAGGCGCGAAGUCAUUCUUGCUGCCGGCUCGAUUUUCACUCCGCAUCUCCUGCAACUGAGUGGCAUUGGACCCAAAAGUAUUCUUACGGCUGCCGGAGUUAGAGUCAAGAAAGACAUGCCAGCAGUGGGUGCAAACAUGCAAGAUCAUCCUAAUGCGAACAUGUAUUUCGAUCUCAAGAAUCUAGCCUCACCAAAUCCUCUAAGUGGAUUGGACCCAGCCUUCAAUGCCACGAUAUGGGCGCAAUAUGAGACUAAUAGAACUGGCCCAAUAACUCAAGCUCACGGUAGUAGUCUUGCGUUUCUGAGUCUACAAAGUGUCUCCAGUAAAUGGAACAAGAUUAUCCAAACAGUCACGUUACAGCGGCCGCGGGAUUUUCUGCCAGAUGUCUACGAUAAUUCCGCGUUGCUCAGAGGGUUCACGAAGCAACGUGAUAUCAUUGCGAAUCUUCAUGCAAGCAAAGAUGCUGCCGUCGCCGAGUUCCCAAUGGUCCCAUUCGUCACCUUGAAUCCCGAUGACAAAUACGGAAAUCCACUCGUGCAAUGGAAUACCUUUCAGAACCCAGUCGACCGGCAGAUCGUCGUGGACAUGAUCAGAUGGAUGAGAGGACAUUGGGCCAGACCGGAGCUUGCUAAGUUUUCGCCUGUCGAGCUGAGUCCGGGCGUACAGGCCCAAACCGACGACGAGAUUAUCAGGGAUUUGAUCCAACAGAAGGCACUUCAGGCUUCCUUUGCCCACAUGUCUGGAAGUUGCGCAAUGAUGCCCGAGUGGUUAGGCGGCUGUGUGGCGAGUGACCUUACCGUAUAUGGGGUAAAGGGUCUUAGUAUUGUGGAUGGAAGCAUCAUUCCCCUAAUACCGGCCACUCAUCUUCAAGCAACAAUGUACGCGAUUGCGGAGAAAGCGGCAGAUCUAAUUAAAGCGCGCAAUGCUUUUAACGUGUUACCAAAAUCUUCUGAUCUAUGGGGCUUCAGUAGGUGGCUUUGA